GCCUUCAACAACUCCCAGCAUCGAUUUGACCUUUUUGCUCUUCAUUAUUCUACAUUUUCUGUCUUCCUAUUGUCUCCCUUUACCUUUUACUUUUUCCUUUGUCUAAUAAUUCAUCUCCCACAAUUCUUCCUCUCUAGAUAUAUAAAUAUUUUGUCGUCCUGAUCCCUGAUUCCUUCCUUAUUCUUAUCAUAUGGUUUUUAGUUAUGGAUAUUUUGUCUAACAAUUCAACUUGUUUGGAGUUAAGCAUAGCCAUGCCCGGCUUUUCUUCUUCUUCAUCACUUCAAUCUUCUGGACAAAGUGAUGUUAGUGCAAUGAAAGAUUUGGAAUUGGAUAUAAAUCAGAUACCUUCAGGAGUCGAAGAAGAAUGCGUGGAAAAAGAAUUCGGAGGCCCUCCAAGAAAGAAACUCCGGCUGACAAAAGAACAAUCUCAUGUUCUUGAACAAAGCUUCAAACAAUACCACAUCUUGAACCCAAAACAAAAGGAGGGCUUGGCAGAUCAAUUAAAGCUAAAGCCAAGGCAAGUGGAGGUCUGGUUUCAGAACCGAAGAGCAAGGUACUUUACUAUGACAUACUAUUGGUGGCAAGUUUUAUUUAUAUUGAAGAAUCAUGAUGUGAAUUUUGACUCUUGAUUUGAAUUUCAUUUAUUCAAAUCAAGGGCCGAAUACAUGCCACAUUAAUAUCUGUCAACAAAUGUGUACAAAUGCAUUUGUACAAGUAGAUUAAUUGAAUAUCAGAAUCAAUAAGUGCAACUUAAGACGGGUCUUGGCUGCUUUUUCGAUUUGGACACGACUGUUACAUAUAUUAGUUAAAACUCAAAUAUUUGAUUGCCGUUUCAUUAAGUUGUUGGGAUGAGACUACAUAUAUAAUUAUUACCUUAGAUAAAUCAUACAAUCAGAAUAUUGCCAAAAUUGUGUAUUCACUGAAUCAGUUUCUACACCCCUUGUUGAUCCUAUUUUUAGAUGUAGAAAAUGAGAUGUAGCUGAAAAUCAUAUGAUCGUAAAUGUAACUCUUAUUAUUUUGAUGGAAAAGAUCAAGAAUUUUUGUUGGGUUCAAUUUGUAUAGAUACGUGCUUUCGAACUAUAAUUGAGUUGAUUAAAAUGGGGCUCAACAUAG